CUUUUUGUAAAACCACAACCGCUGAACAAGCGGCCGCGUUUGCCAACGUUUAGCACUUAAAAAUUUUCACCAGCAACUUUUACGUUUGGUUUUCAAUAAUUUUGAUCGUUGAAUUGUGCAUCCAGGAUGCCGGACAGUGACGCCGAUAGCGACUCGAGCAACAGCUCUGCUGGCAGCAGUAAUAGCAGCAAAAGUAGCGGCAGCGGCGCCUCAACAAGCAGCUCCAAUAGCGCCGCCAGUGAUGCUGGCAGCCAACAGAAAGAAGAAGCAGCUGCGGAGCGUGGUGAGUCAAGAGAAGAGCGAGGAGAAGGCAAGAAGAGCAAAUCAACUGAUAAAAUGACAGCUGGGAAAGAACCCGAAACGAAGCCAAAUGAUGUAGAACACGAACAACAACAAGAACAAGAAGAACAGCUGCAAACUGUUGACAACAACAGCAAAGUGGCAACAAGCGUUGCUGACGAAGCAGCAAACGUUGUUGAAAAACCGGCAGAAAAAGAGAAUGAAACGGUGACAGCGACAGAGGAGAAAGAGCAACAGCUGGAGUCAGAGCCGGUGACCGCAAAUGGCAAGGCAGCUGUCGCCAAAUCGCCCAGCAACGUGGAGGAGGGCGAGAUAACCGAUAAAGAGGAUGAGGCAGCUGAGGAAGCAACAGGAGGAGGAGACGAAGCUGCAGACAAGCAACCAGAGCUGAAGCCUGCGUCGGAAGAGGAGGAAAAACAGACCAACGUCAGCAGGCCUCCGCAAAUUGCCAGCGAGGUGCGCAGACGAAGCCCCAGUCGCGAUGCAGAGGAGCGACAACGUCGUCGUCGUACUCGCAGUCGCAGUCGCUCUCCACGCAAUCGCAACCGCAAUCGACGUCGCACACGAAGUCCACGUAGUCGCAGCCUGAGUCCGGUGCGUCGACGUUCCAGUUCGUUGGAGCGCAGACGCGCCGAGCGCGAGAAACGCCACGAGGAGAGGGCGAAGCGCGAUGAGGAGCGAGCACGUGAGCGUGAGAAGCGACAUAAUCAUCAUCAGCAACGUCGCAAAGAGCCGUCAGAGCCCACAGAGAACGCGGACAAUGCGACUGUCAGUGAACCGACGGCCAAAAUUAGCGAACGCCAGCGCCGCACUGUGGAUUUGUUAACAUCGCGCACGGGUGGCGCUUAUAUUCCACCGGCGAAGCUGCGAAUGAUGCAGGCCGAGAUCACCGAUAAGGCAUCGGCAGCGUAUCAACGCAUCGCAUGGGAGGCGCUUAAGAAGUCAAUACACGGCUACAUCAACAAAGUGAACGUGACGAAUAUUGCGAUCAUUACACGCGAGUUGCUGCGCGAGAAUAUUGUGCGUGGUCGUGGAUUGCUGUGUCGUAGCAUCAUCCAAGCCCAGGCAGCGUCGCCCACUUUUACACAUGUCUAUGCUGCUUUGGUGGCAAUUAUCAAUUCCAAGUUCCCCAAUAUCGGGGAGUUGCUGCUGAAGCGUUUGGUCAUUCAAUUUCGACGCGCCUUUCGACGUAAUGACAAAUUAGUUUGCAUGUCAGCAACGCGAUUCAUUGGUCAUCUGGUCAAUCAACGUGUGGCCCAUGAGAUCCUGGCACUGGAGAUGUUGACGCUGCUCGUGGAGACGCCCACCGAUGAUUCGGUAGAAGUGGCCAUUUCGUUUUUAAAGGAAUGCGGCAUGAAACUGACGGAGGUCUCGUCGAAGGGCAUUGGCGCCAUCUUUGAGAUGCUGCGCAACAUUCUGCACGAGGGCAAGUUGGAUAAGCGAGUACAGUACAUGAUCGAGGUGCUGUUCCAGGUGCGCAAGGAUGGCUUCAAGGAUCAUCCGGCUAUUGUCGAUGAUCUAGAGCUCGUAGAGGAGGACGAUCAAUUCACGCAUCUCAUGAUGCUGGACGAGGCCACCGAAACUGAAGACAUACUAAACGUAUUCAAAUUCGACGAGGAGUUUGCAGAGAACGAGGAAAAAUACAAGGCGCUGAGCAGUGAAAUAUUGGGCAGCGAUGCCAGUGGCUCAGGCAGCGGCUCCUCAGGUUCUGGCUCCGAUUCCGACAGCGAUUCAGAUGCCGAAUCCGGUUCAGGCGGAGAGGGAGAUGGGGAGAAGGCAGCAACGGCUGGCGAUAUUAUUGACAACACAGAAACCAAUUUAAUUGCAUUACGCCGUACGAUUUAUUUGACGAUCAAUUCGAGUUUGGACUAUGAGGAGUGCGCACACAAGCUGAUGAAGAUGCAACUGAAGCCCGGCCAGGAGGUGGAGCUGUGUCACAUGUUUCUCGACUGUUGUGCCGAGCAGCGAACCUACGAAAAAUUCUAUGGGCUGUUGGCUCAGCGUUUCUGUAGCAUCAACAAGAUUUAUGUACCGCCUUUUGAGGAGAUAUUCAAGGACACGUAUCAGACAACCCAUCGCCUCGACACGAAUCGAUUGCGUAAUGUCAGCAAGUUCUUUGCACACUUGUUGUUCACGGAUGCCAUCAGUUGGGAUGUGCUGGAGUGCAUUCAGUUGAACGAGGAUGAUACGACGUCGUCGAGUCGUAUUUUUAUCAAGAUCUUGUUCCAGGAACUGGCCGAAUACAUGGGAUUGGGCAAGCUCAAUAAUAAGCUUAAGGAGGAGGUACUACUAGAAAGCUUAGCCGGCUUGUUUCCCAAAGAUAAUCCACGGAAUACACGCUUCUCCAUUAACUUUUUCACCUCGAUUGGUUUGGGUGGUUUGACGGACGAUUUGCGACGUUUCCUGAAGAAUGCACCCAAGUCGGUGCCGGCAAUUAAUGCCGAGAUUCUCGCUAGUGGAAAUCCCCUUAAGGAUCCUUCGGCUGCUGCAGAGGCUGAAGAGAAUUCAUCGUCCUCCUCGAGUAGCAGCGAAAGCAGCAGUUCCAGCAGCGAGGAGGAGAGUAGCGAUGAGGACAGCGAUAGCGAUUCCAGUUCCAGUUCCGAGUCGGAGUCUGAGUCCGAUUCAAAAGCGUCGAGAAAGCGAAAGCACAAGGAGAAGCACAGCAAGCGAAAGAAGGAGAAGUCCAAAAAAGAGGAGGAGAAAGAGAAGGAGAAAGAAAGGGAGAGAGAAAAGGAGAAAUUAAGGGAAAAGGAAAAGGAGAGGGAAAGGGAAAAGGAAAAAGAGAAGGAAAAGGAGAGGGAAAGAGAAAAGGAGAAGGAGAGACAAAGGGAAAAGGAUAAAGAAAGGAGGAAAGAACAGGAGAGCUCCAGCAGCAGUGGCAGCAGUGCUGAGGACAGCGACAGCAGCUCCUCCGACACAUCCUCAAGCAACAGCAGCGACAGUGACCAACCCCAAGCAAAGAUUCAACGCAAGGACAACGGUAACCACAAAGCGACCAAAAUCAGAGAGAGCGAUGAGUUUAAUCUGGAUGGGCCUGUCGGAUCGCCAUCAGCCACGCGACAACAGCAUAAUGGUCAUGGCAAACGAGAAGCAUCAUCACCAGAUAAAAGACAACUGGAGCGAGAGCGCGACCGGAACAGGGUGAGGGAUGGAGAAAGAGAACGAGAACGAAAAAAAGAUCGAGAACGGGAACAGGACAGAGAUAGGGAACGGGAGCAGGAUCGUCGAGUCCGACGUGAUGACAAUGAGGAUGGACGUGGGAAACGUGGCCGAGAAACGGAGCGGGAGAAUGAACGUGACAAAGGACGAGACCGAGAACGCGACAGAGAAAGGGAGCGGGAGAGAGAACGGGACCGAGAUCGGGGCAAGGACAGAGAAAGGGAACGGAACAGAGACCGGGAGCGUGAUAGAGAUCGCGAGCACAAUCGGGAACACAACUCGCGCCGUGAACGCGAACGACGCGAUUCACCGCGACGUCAGCAUCGACGCAGCGUGUCCAAGGAGCGCGGUUGAAGCAACUGUGUCGCUUCCUGCAAUCUUCCAUUUGCAUUUCUCGCCCUGCAGCAACAAUUACAAAAAUGUACAAACAACAAAACGAAACGAAAUAUAUAAAAACUACCACAAAUGUGUUCUAUAGCUUAUUACGGGG